AUGGCCAACGCGAGCACGGUUAAUAUCGUUUUUGUUGGCGCAGGCGCCAUAGGCUGCUUCUACGCCUCGAGGUUGCACCAUCCAUCUCGAGGCCUGCACGUGUCUCUUAUUGCCAGGUCCAACUACAAGGCUAUUGAGCAGUCUGGCGUGCAACUGAUCACCCGGAGCUUUGGGGACUAUACGUUCAAUCCCUCCGGCGUGUUCCCGUCGGUGAGCGCGGCCGCGCAAGCCGAUGGUGAUGGAGCUCCGGCAAGGCAAUGGGACUAUAUCUUUGUGACCACCAAGGCGCUGCCUGAUGUCAGCGAUGACUCUGAGAUGAUCACGCCGCUGGUCGGGCCCAGGUCGUGUAUCGUGCUGAUCCAGAACGGUGUCGGUGUCGAGGAGCCUUUCCGGAAGAGGUUCCCGACCACGCCCAUCGUGAGCGCCGUGACCAUCGUGAGUGCGGAGCAGACGUCGCCCGGCACAAUUCGACAGAACCGCUGGACGAGGACGAGCCUCGGGCCUUUCACUGAUGGCCUCGGUACUGGAGACCGGGACUUGAUCCAGCGAGGGACGCGCUGCAUGGAUCAACUCACCGAGUGGUGGCGAGACCUGGGCGGCAUCAAGGACGUCGAGCCCCACGACGAGGUCGGGCUCCAGACCGUGCGGUGGCACAAGCUCUGCAUCAACGCCGCCAUGAACCCGUCCGCCGUGCUGUCCGGCGGCCGCGGCAACGCAGACAUGGUCAUGGACCCCGAGCUGCGGCAUCACCUCACGGGCGUCAUGGAGGAGAUCUGGGAGGCCGUGCCCAGGAUCCUCGGCCGGGGGUUCCCGGACAGCAUGGCCCGGCCGGACCGCAUCAUCAAGAGCACGGAGCGCAACAAGGGGGCGCGUCCCAGCAUGCUGCUCGACUGGGAGGACAAGAAGCCGCUGGAGCUCGAGGUCAUUCUCGGGAACCCGGUGAGGAUUGCCAGGGAGCGGGGCGUGGAGAUGCCGAGGCUGCAGACUCUGUAUGCUCUUCUCAGGUCGGCGCAGGAGAUGCGCAAGAAGGAAUCCAAGAGCAAGCUUUGA